AUGCUGCUUUUGAAGGCUGUUUUUGCUGCAUUGUGCACUUUUGGUAGUGUUACGGCCCACAGCCCUGAAACAAGUGCUCAUGCGAAGGGCGAGAAACCAUUGGCCGAGUAUUCUUUACCUGAUCUGAUCUCUGCUGGUGACAAGAUCCCUAGUAAUUGGGAUGUGAAGGAUAGGGCCGUGUUGAAGGAGGGUCGGUUUAUUUUGACACCGGAGAAGAAAUCGAAGGGUUCUCUUUGGUUAAAACCGGAAUACAAUUUGAAGGAUUCUGGUAGUUUCACCGUGGAGUGGACUUUUAGAAGUUUGGGUUUCAGUGGGAAAUCAAACGGAGGUUUGGCCUUCUGGAUGGUCUUGCCCACUGACGUGAACGACCAGGCACUGUUCAAUGGACCCUCAAAAUUCAACGGGUUGCAAUUGCUAGUGGACGAUAACUCUGUGCUUUCUCAGUCUAUCCAUGCGCAGGUCAGCGACGGCUCACAAAUUUGGAACUCGGAUUCAAUUCAUGACCAUUCGUUUGCAUCCUGCCUAAUGGGGUACCAGGACUCGUCCGUCCCACUGUCGCUGAGAUUGACAUACGACUCGGCGGAUGACCAUUUACUGAAGCUGCAAGUCGACAACAGAGUUUGCUUCCAAACCAGAAAGAUCAACUUGGCAAACACUUUGAACUCUGUCAAGUUCGGGGUUAGCGCCUCCAAUGAAAACACACCAGAGGCAUUCGAAGUUCUCCAAAUGCAUUUUUACAAUUACGUUACCCAGGAUUCGUUGAUUCCAAACGUAAACUCCAUGGGGCAACCAAAAAUGUUGACUAAAGUCGUUGAUGAAAAGACAGGUACCGAGAAAAUCAUGGAUAAGGAUGAAUUGGAGGCACAAAACACCAAGAUCACCAAUUACGAACUGUACAAGAAGAUGAACAGACUAGAGGGGAAAAUCUUGGCAAAUGACAUUAACACCUUGGACGAAAAAGUUGCUCAAAUCAUGAAAAUCCAAGAACAACUGAUCCAUCAACUAGACCAACUGUCUACUGCCGUCCAGGGAAGACAAGACAAUUCUGGCAAGCCAAACGAUAAAGAACAAUUCAAAGAUUUCUUGUCCAUGGACAAGAAACUAGAAGCAUUAUUGGACGAACAAGCAAAGAUCAGGGAAAACACCAGACAAGCCGGUAUCAACCAACACUCAGGUCCUCAGAUGGACGAAAUUAUGAGGAAGUUGGUGAUCUGGAUGAUCCCACUGAUAAUAAUCAUGCUUGUCAUGGCAUAUUACACUUUCAAGAUCAAGCAAGAAAUCGCCAAAACCAAAUUACUAUGA